AUGCUCUUAUUUUGAAGGAGUGAAGCGGAAGUCCUGUCCUUCAGCUAAAGCUAAUGCUCCGCUGCUUCCGCGCUGUUUUCCGCCUUCAAACUGCAGGUAAAGUGAAGGCCAGGUGAGUCGGGAUGGCGGAGGAGCAUUACCUGGAGCUGAGCGAGAACCCGGUCCAGUUUGAGCAUGCGUCAAGCGUCAACAACGUCUUCUUCGAUGAAGCUAACAAACAGGUGUUUGCGGUGCGUUCAGGUGGAGCCACAGGUGUGGUGGUGAAAGGGCCUGAUGACAAAAGCAGCGUUGCCUUCAGGAUGGAUGAUAAAGGGGAGGUGAAGUGCAUCAAGUUCUCCAUCGGGAACAAGAUCCUGGCGGUCCAGCGGACCUCCAAGUCCGUGGACUUCAUCAACUUCAUCCCCGACUAUCCGCACACAGAGUUCACCCAGGAGUGUAAGACGAAGAACGCCAGCGUUCUGGGGUUCUGCUGGACCAGCUGGAACGAGAUUGUCUUCAUAACGGACCAGGGCAUAGAGUUCUACCAGGUGUUCCCAGACAAGCGCAGCUUGAAGCUGCUGAAGAGUCAGAGCAUCAACGUGAACUGGUACCAGUACUGCCCGGAAACGGCCGUGAUCCUGCUGUCCACCACGGUGCAGGGCAACGUUCUGCAGCCGUUCGCCUUCCGGAACGGAACCAUGACCAGGAUGACCAAGUUCGAGAUCGAGCUGCCGGUCGUCCCCAAACCGGCCAAGCUGACGCUGUCGGAGAGGGACAUCGCCAUGGCAACCAUCUACGGCCAGCUGUACGUCAUGUACCUGAAGCACCACUCCCGGACGGUGAACAGCCCCGGAGCCGAGGUGGUGCUCUACCACCUGCCCAGGGAGGGAGCCUGUAAGAAGAGCCACGUCCUGAAGCUCAACACCACCGGGAAGUUCGCCCUGAACAUCGUAGACAACCUGAUCGUCGUUCACCACCAGAGUUCACAGACGUCUCUGAUCUUCGACACCAGGCUGAAGGAACCGGACUGCGCCGUUAACACCCACCAGCCGGUUCUGCCGGCCCGGUCCAUCCAUCCCUACAGGAUUCCUCUGUCAGGUCCGGCUGCCGUCCCGUCUCAGCCGCCGGUUCCAUGUCAACUCUACUCUUCCUCCUGGAGCGUCUUCCAGCCCGACAUCAUCAUCAGCGCCAGUGAAGGUUACCUGUGGUACCUGCAGGUGAGGUUGCCGCCUACUGUCCACCUGCUGCAGGACAAGGGCAAGCUGAUGGACUUCCUGCUGCGGCGGCGGGACUGCAAGAUGGUGAUCCUGUCCGUGUGCUCUCAGAUUCUGGACGGGCAGGAGAAGGGCAGCCUGCCCGUGGUGGCGACUGUCUUCGACAAGCUCAACCAGGUGUACAAGGAGUACCUGGAGGCGGAGCAGAGCUACACGGCGGCCAUGGAGUCGGGUCCGAGUCGAGGAGGCGGCGCCCAGAAGCGGCCGGUCCGGACGCAGGCCGUCAUCGACCAAUCAGACAUGUACACACACGUCCUGUCAGCGUUCACAGAGAGGAAGGAUGUGUCCCAUAAGUUCAUCAUCGCCGUGCUGAUGGAGUACAUCCGCUCCCUGAACCAGAACCAGAUCACCGUCCAGCAUUACCUGUAUGAACUGGUGAUCAAGACUCUGGUCCAGAACAACCUGUUCUACAUGCUGCACCAGUUCCUGCAGUACCACGUCCUCAGUGACUCCAAACCUCUGGCCUGCCUGCUGCUGUCUCUGGAGAGCACCUACCCUCCGGCCCACCAGCUGUCUCUGGACAUGCUCAAGCGCCUGUCGACGGCUAACGAUGAGAUCGUGGAGGUUCUCCUGUCCAAGCAGCAGGUUCUGGGCGCGCUCAGAUUCAUCCGCAGCGUCGGCGGCCAUGACAACGUGUCGGCCAGGAAGUUCCUGGAUGCGGCGCGGCAGACGGGAGACCAGAUGUUGUUCUACACCGUGUUCCGGUCGUUCCAGCAGCGGAACCAGCGCCUCCGAGGAAACCCGUCCUUCAACCCAGGGGAACACUGUGAGGAGCACGUGGCGCACUUCAAGCAGCUGUUUGGGGAGCAGGCGCUGAUGAAGCCGACCACAGUGUGACCCCCCGCCCCCACAUGAUGACCUCUGACCCCCAUAGGACCGGACGGACCCAGCAGAGCCACCAGGAAGGUUCCAGCAUCCUCCUCUUCCUCACAGCUUAAAUCUCUCUCUGAAUAACUCCAGCUGGAAAUAUCUACACUGCUAAUCUGUCAUUUAUUUCAUUAUAACUAUAAAGUUAUUAUAACUCCAUAAACUGCAGAUGAUUUUUCUGGAUGAUUAGAAAGUGUGAAAUGUAACUUUAUCCCUAAAAUACGGCGACUUUCAGAGCAGAAGCUUCAACAUUGUGUAGCUAUAAACACAUGAGCACUGAAACAGGAAAUCAGUAUUUGGGUCACCUGUUGUGGGCGGAGCCUGAGCUGCACCUGUAUGCAGGGGCGUAAAUCCAUCUCAUUAUUGGGGAACAUCUCUUAAGAGCAAUUCUGGGGGGGUCGGCAAAGUUACAGUGGAAUGUAACGUAAAAUGUGGUUUAAAAAGUUUUUAAACUACAUUCAAGCUGCAGGAUCAAAAUGAUUAGUGAUGCACAUCUAACAUGUUUUAUUCUCAGCAAAAAACCUGCAGAGAAAUAAAACUAAAAUUUAAAUGUUGCUUAGGUACGAUUUGUUCAGUCUGGUCUAAUCUCUGCUGCACCUUUACAAACAUUUAAGGCUCUAAAUAAAAAAGUUUUAAUGAGUAACUGAUCUUAAUAAAAUUCAUCAUAAACAUCGAUUUAUUGAAAUGGUUCCCAAUACAAGUUAUGGGCUGUUUAAAUUAUAACUUAAUUUAUUUUUAAGCCUUUUUAGUUUUGCCGUAUCCUGGAUGACUGAGAACCAACAAGUAGAUAGAAAUGAAUAUCUGGGGAAUAUUAUAGUUUAAACGUAACAUUUAAAGCACCAGGGUUUAUAUAGAAAAAUAUUCAGAUUUUAUUUUGUGGUUUUAAAGGCUCUAUGAUAAAUAAAGUUAUAACUUUCUGAUUUUUCUAUCCGUUCUGGGCUCCACUCUGAGCUGGUCCACUUCCUCAGCUCCUCCUCCAGUUUCAAACUCUAAUUAACUAAAAGUUAAAGAGUUAAAUAUGUUUGCUGCCUUUAACAAAAUAGCUUACGUUUAUGAAAGCAGUGCAGCAGUUUUGCUAAUAAAGCAGCUUAUCAAGAUUCAAAGUAAUGAAAUAACAAACUGCAGAAUGAUUUUUUAUUGAUAAUGAGUUUCUUCCCACUGAGCAGAAGAAAAUAAAAUGUUUCUUUUGCUUUAAGUAUUUACUUACUGAAGGGUUUUUAUUUGUGAUGCAGAGCUACAGCUAGCAGCUAACAGCUAGCUCUUUACUCCAGCGGUUCUGCCAGCCGGUACCGUUCAGCUGCUGUUGCUCCUCCUACACUUUGGACUGAACCAUUGUUCUAUUAAUGGGAGGGGGGGCCUAAAUAUGUAUUU